UUUCGACUCUCAUCAUCACACUUCUACAACCCAUUAGAAGAAAUGAUCAGUCAAAUACCAGAGGAUACUGUGGAGUCCCAGGGCUCAGAUGAGCUUGAGUGCAAGAUCUGUUACAACCGCUAUAAUCAGAAACAGAGGAAACCAAAAGUGCUAGAGUGUUGUCACAGAGUAUGUGCCAAAUGCCUUUGCAAGAUCAUAGACUUUGGGGACUCUCCUCAGGGAGUCAUAGUGUGCCCAUUCUGUAGGUUUGAGACAUGCCUGCCUGAUGAUGAGGUUAGUAGUCUUCCUGAUGACAACAACAUCCUUGUGAAUUUGGCUUGUGGGGGAAAGGGGAAGAAGUGCCUACCAGAUAAUCCUACAGAACUGUUGCUAACUCCCAAAAGGCUGGCGUCUCUUGUUAGCCCUUCUCACGCUUCCUCCAACUGCCUGGUUAUAACCAUCAUGGAAGUGCAGAGAGAAAGCCCACAGACUCUGAACUCCACCCCCGUGGUGGAAUUCUACAGGCCUACGAGUUUUGACUCUGUUGCAACUGUAUCCCACAACUGGACAGUGUGGAACUGUACAACCUUGCUCUUCCAGACCUCAAUUCGAGUGCUCAUUUGGUUGUUAGGUUUGCUAUACUUUAGUUCCUUGCCUUUAGGGAUCUACUUACUAGUGUCUAAGAAAGUUACCCUGGGGGUUGUCUUCGUCAGCCUUGUUCCUUCGAGCCUUGUUAUUCUCAUGGUCUAUGGAUUUUGCCAAUGUGUAUGCCAUGAGUUUCUGGACUGCAUGUCUUCUUGA